CAUUUUCCAGCGCAUUCAGUACCCGGACGGGUCCAUGCGAAAGGAUCUUGCAAGACGCCUGGGUGUGACUGAAAACAGAGUGCAGGUUUGGUUUAAGAAUAGGAGAGCCAGAUGGAGAAGACACCAGAGGGCAUCAGUGUUCAGAAGUAUGCCCUACGUGGAUGUGGGCCACUCUUUCAUGAUGUCACCAAGUGUCCCGCCUCCUGUCAUGCUUACCCAUGAUCAUGAAGGGCGAUACCUUCUUCUGCAGCCAGCGCCAAUGCUGCCACCCAUCAUGCCCCCAGCAUAUCCUCCUCUGUUCAUGCCUCCUAUGCCCAUGCUGUCUCUGCCUUCUGUUAGCCCUCCACGAGACACUGUCUGGUUCUUUGUCAUCAGCAGUCCUUCGGUAGCCCCGUUUUUCUAAGAAAUAGCAUCUGCAACAGUUUUUCCUAAGUAAUUUUUGUGCCAGAUUAAAUUUUUUCAUACCACACCGUUAAGACCAGUUUACCAGUUACAUGCUUGUUAAAAGUUUUCAAUAAAUUUACAAUGUCAUUAAUGAUAUU